GCUGAAAUGAGCAUAGAAAGCAAAGAACGCGGUCCAGAAAUAGCGAUACAAUGUGCUUUCCUCAUUAGUGGAGCUGCAGUUGCUUACUGGGUUGACUUUGGCUUUACUCGAAUGGAUAACCAAGUCUCGUGGCGAUUACCAAUCGCCUUGCAGGCUGUUUUCGCCCUAGUAUCAGGGUGCAUAAUGUUUCUGCUUCCUGAUACCCCAAGAUGGUACUUCGCGAGAGGUCGACACGAAGAAGGAGACGCCAUCCUUGCUCGUCUCCAUGACCGUCCGCUUUCAGAUCCUGCCGUUUUCGAUAUGCGAAACGCCAUCCUUUCUUCUAUUGAACUUGAGGAAGAAGAAGGCAAUCGCUUCAGGAAACUGGAUCUAUUUUGGGACCGUGGCCAUCUCAAAGCCGGUAGAAGGAUUCGCAUUGCAUUUUUAAUGCUCUGCUUGCAGCAAAUGAUGGGUAUCAACAUUUCCGUAUACUGGGCACCUACUAUAGUCAGCCAAGCCGGACUCUCCAGCUUCAUGUCGCAGCUGAUAGCAGCAAUAAUGACCACAGUUUUUGCUCUCGGCGCCGCUACUCUUCCCUUUUCAAUUGAGCAGGUUGGGCGCCGCCGAGUUCUCAUGUACUCGGCUGCUAUUAUGACUGUCUGUUUAUCGAUUUUCGUUGCAAUGAUUGGCUCGCCCCAUAGGACCUUAGCCAAGCAAUGGACGGCUAUAGCAGCUCUCAUUGUUUAUAACUACGUCUUCGGUUACGGUUGGAUUGGAGUAUGCUGGUUGUAUGGGCCCGAGGUAAGAGUCUGCUCCAGACUUUAUGAAAAUGGUGCUGAAGAAGGAACACAGAUUGCCCCCCUCAAGUUUCGACACGUGGCCGGUGCUUCGGGAGCAUUCGGCGAAUGGCUCUUUUCUUUCGUUACAGUUUUUGCAGGCGGUAUUGGUCUGCAGCAGGUUGGCUGGAAGCUGUGGAUUUGGCCCAUCAUCUCUUGCGCCGUUGCAGUGCCCUUCGUCUGGUUUAUGUGUCCGGAAACAACAGGGAAAACUCUCGAAGAAAUCGACAUGCUUUUCCAGGAUGCGUCCAGCACAAACUCCACUGCCAGUGAUGACAUUACUCCCUCUUUUGGUGAGAACUCAGAGAAAGCGCAUACCGAACAAGUGGAAUCAGUCUGA